AUGAUUUUAUUAAAAAAUUUUACAAUUUAUAUCAUAUUUUGUAUUUUUCUUCAAUUAUUAUUAAAUGAAGUAAAAUCUCAAAUAUUUAUCAAGCCAGAUCUACGUUAUGGUCAUACUUCUACACUUAUUCACAAAAAAUUAUAUAUUUUAGGUGGAACUAUUAACGGCAACAAUUCAUCACCAAAAGAAGCAUUUCUAUAUAUUGAUUUCUCAGUUCCUUUUAAUACCAACAAAGUAACAUGGCAUAACUUAUCUUCAAAAGAUAGCAUCGUUCCGUCACAUCAUCUUGCUACAACCUUGGCAGUUGAUAACACGAUGUUCCUAUUUGGUGGUGUUAGUUUAAAUAGUUAUGAAACGAUGGCCUCAUCUUAUAAAUUUGAUACACAAAGUAACUUAUGGAAAAUUCAAGAAAUAAAUGGUGUACCAGGAAAACAAGGAAUAACUUCUAUAUUUGAUGAAUCAACCAUAUAUUUAUUUGGCGGAUACCCUUUUACGUAUAAUGUUAACGAUAUGUUUAUAAUAAAUUCAAAUAAUUUAUCUUGGAAAAAAGCCAAUUCAACUAAUUCACCAUUUCCAAGAUCACAAUACGGUGCUGUAUUAUUACCAAAUAAGUUUAUUAUUUAUAUGGGUGGUUAUAAUAAUGGAUCGAUUCCACUAGAUCAGGUUUAUUUGUACGACACAAUGAAUGAUUUUUGGAUUAUAAAGCAAACUAGUGGAUCAAUACCUUCAGCAAGAUAUUCAUUUUCAAGUAUUCUUGGACUAGAUAAACAAAGUGUGAUUAUUUAUGGAGGACAAGAAGACAAUAAAACCAUCGCGAAAAAUCCACUUUAUGUAUUAGACAUAAAUAAUUUUAAUUGGUAUAUUCCAAAAGUUACUGGAAAGAUUCCAUCAAGUCGUACUUCUCAUAAAGCAGUAUUAAUUGGAAAAUACAUGAGUAUAAUUUUUGAAAUACUUAUUUAUAAUUAUGUAUUAAAAGGUGAAGGUUAUAAUAAUGAAAGUGAGGAUGAUUUGCUAUUGCUUGAUAUUAGUAAUAAUAACGAAUAUAUUUGGACAUCAUCUUUUACGCCUAAUAAUAAUAUACAGUCCAAUCAACCUACAUCUACAUCUUCGUCUCCAUCAAAAACAAAUGAUAUACAACAACCUAAUUCACAAUUAAACACAAAAACAAAUUAUACAGAUGUCAUAACUAGUAUAAUUAUUGGAGCUAUAAUUGAUGCCAUUUUAUUAAUAGUCGGAAUUUUCCUUUUAUACAAGUGGUAUAAAAACAAAAAAGAACAAAAUAAUGCGACCUUACCAAAUAAUGUGACAUUACCUAAUAACGCGACAUGA